AUGGAUGCCAUCAAGAACACCAUCGCCGAAAACUUCGGCGGCCCAGCCUCAAAGCUGGGAACUCACCAGUUCAGCUUAGACGAAUGCCCCGACCAGACGGGCAAAGUAGCCGUCAUUACUGGCGGCAGCGAAGGUAUCGGCUAUGGCGUCACCUACACCCUUCUCAAGCACAACAUCUCUAAGAUCUACAUCCUCUCCGUCUCAAAGGAGGUCGUCGACGGCGCCAAGGAUGCCAUUGCAAAAGAUCUUGGCGCCGACAAGGCUGAGAGAACUAAAUGGUUCCAGUGCGACAUGGGUGAUUGGAAGCUCGUCAAAGAGGUGGCUGAGCAGAUCAAGAAUGACACGGAUCGUCUUGAUAUUUUGGUCAAUAACGCGGCGAGGGGCAUCAUGACCUACCAGCUCACCGACUACGGUGUCGAUCGGCACAUGGCCGUGAACCACAUGGGCCAUGUCAUUCUCACGUCGCACCUUCUGCCACUUAUUAAGAAGACGGCGGAGAAGGGCGAUGUUGUGAGGAUUGCGAAUCAGGCUAGCAACGCGCACCAGGCUACGCCUAGCGACUGCAAGUUUGAGAGCCUGGAUGAGUUGAACACCGACUUGGGUCCCAACGGUCAGUAUGGUCGGAGCAAGCUUGCUGGUAUCUUGUAUGCGAGAUACUUCAACCGCAAAGUCACGCAGAAUGGACACCCAAACGUGUUGAUGAACGCCACUCAUCCUGGAUUCGUGAGCACCAAGAUGAGCAAGGAGGAGAUUUUCGAGCCAUAUCCUCUUGGAGGAUAUGCUAUGGCGGUUGGGAUGGAACCAUUCAAGAAGUCUCAAUGGGAAGGAGCCGUAUCCAUGGUGUACGCCGCUGCCGCGACGAAGGAAUCCGGCCAAUACAUAUGUCCGCCUGCGGUUCCUGAGCCUGGCAGCAAGCUUGCUCAGGACGACGCGCUGGCCGACCAGUUGAUGGAAUUAACUCGCCAGAUCAUCACGGAGAAGACCAAGACGUCUUCUGUGGAUAAGGGAUGUCCCAUGGAUGACUUGGUCUUGCAUUAA